AUGGCUCCAGGCGAGAACCAGAGCAGUGGUGUGACCGAGUUCAUCUUGGCAGGUUUCCCGAAUCUCAAUAACACAAAAGCGGAACUGUUUUCUGUCUUCCUUCUUGUCUAUCUGCUGACUCUAACAGGCAACGUGUUGAUUGUUGGGGUGGUAGGAGCUGAUACUCGCCUGCAGACUCCCAUGUACUUCUUUCUGGGUAACCUGUCCUGCCUAGAGAUCUUGCUCACUUCCGUCAUCAUUCCCAAGAUGCUGAGCAAUUUCCUCUCAAGGCAACACACUAUUUCCUUUGCUGCGUGUAUUACUCAAUUCUAUUUCUACUUCUUUCUUGGGGCCUCUGAGUUCCUGCUGUUGGCUGUCAUGUCUGUGGAUCGCUACCUGGCCAUCUGUCGCCCUCUGCACUAUCCCCUGCUCAUGAAUGGCACUGUGUGCUCUCGGGUGGCCUUGGCCUGCUGGAUGGGGGGACUUUUCCCUGUGCUUGGCCCCACAGUGGCUGUGGCCUUACUUCCUUUCUGUGAACAGGAUGGUGUGGUACAGCACUUCUUCUGUGACAGUGGCCCACUGCUCCGCCUGGCAUGCACCAACACCAAGAAACUGGAGGAAACUGACUUUGUCCUGGCCUCUCUUGUCAUUGUGCCCUCACUGAUGAUUACUGCUGUGUCCUAUGGCCACAUAGUUCUGGCUGUCCUGCGCAUCCCUUCUGUUUCAGGUCGUCAGAAGGCCUUCUCUACCUGUACCUCCCACUUGAUGGUAGUGACCCUCUUCUAUGGAAGUGCCAUUUUUCUCUAUGUGCGACCAUCACAGAGUGGCUCUGUGGAUACUAACUGGGCAGCGACCGUGGUAACAUUUGUGACACCACUGCUGAACCCAUUCAUCUAUGCCUUACGCAAUAAGCAAGUCAAGGAAGCUUUGAAGGAUACGUUUAGGAAGGUGGGAGCAAGCCUUUUGGGGGAUCUUCUACUUGCUAAGAGUUUCAAUAGGAAGACAGUGACGUGAAGGGAGUGUUAUAACCAGUCUUGAGUCCAAGUCUUCUCCGUUGUCCCUCUCUUUCCUAUGG